UUGUUUGGUUAUCGCUAUCGCAGUUUGGCCACCUUCGUUGUUUACCUUUUGGUCAUUACCAAUUUAGACGCCAACGCGAGAAUAUAUAAAUUAUGAGUGCUGAAAUAUCCGGCUUCCGGCGGUUCCUGCACUGGGGCCCAAUUGCCGCCCUUAGCAUCAUCAAGUGCAUAACGCUGACGACGCUCUACAUGAACUCGAUGUGGUGGCCGCCAAAUGAAUCAUUCGCUGGAUUCGCCCACCAGGCCCUGUUCCUGCUCCUUUCCACGCUGGCCACAUUCAAUUACGUCAUGGCCACGUUGACAGGUCCCGGACUGAUGCCAAAACGGUGGCAUCCCAAGGAUCCCAAGGACGCUCAGUUCCUGCAGUACUGCAAAAAGUGCGAGGGGUACAAAGCCCCGCGCUCCCAUCAUUGUCGCAAAUGUGAUCGCUGCGUCAAGAAGAUGGACCACCACUGCCCGUGGAUCAAUCACUGCGUUGGCUGGGCCAACCACGCGUACUUCACAUACUUCCUGCUCUUCUCCAUCCUGGGCAGCCUGCAGGGCACCGUAGUGCUGUGCUGCUCCUUCUGGCGGGGCAUAUACCGCUACUACUAUCUCACCCACGGACUGGCGCACUUGGCCAGCGUACAGUUCACGCUGCUCAGCAUCAUCAUGUGCAUCCUGGGCAUGGGCCUGGCCAUCGGUGUCGUCAUUGGCCUGAGCAUGCUGCUGUUCAUUCAGCUGAAGACGAUUGUCAACAACCAGACGGGCAUAGAGAUUUGGAUAGUGGAGAAGGCACUUUACCGCCGUUAUAGAAAUGCCGACUGCGACAACGAGUUCCUUUAUCCAUAUGAUUUGGGAUGGCGCGCCAAUUUGCGACUGGUAUUCAACGACGAGUGCCAAAAGCGGGGAGAUGGCAUUGAGUGGCCUGUGGCGGAGGGUUGUGAUCAGUAUACAUUGACGCGCGAGCAACUAGCGCAAAAAGAGGAGAAACGAGCUCGAACCCGCACCUUCAGAUGCAUAGGGCCAGUGACUGGUCGGUGGUUGCCGAUCUUCUCGCAGGGAUGGCGAGUUUGCGUUGCCGCUCCCUGCUCGGAUGAGCCACGCAUCAGCCUGCGAACCAACGACAUGAUUAAGGUUACUCGCUUCCGCAACCACUGGCUGUUCGGUGAGCGAGUGCUUUCCGAGCAAGAGCUAGCUGGCGACAAGAAGCGCCAACGCAAGGGUCCCAUCCGCGGAUGGUUCCCACGACGCAGCGCCGUUGAGGUCAUCGAGGCGGUCCAGGAAGGCAGCGGUGGCGAUGGCAACAGUGAGACACCAGCACCUCUGGCCCAGAAUGGCAACGCCCACAGCCACUUAAAGCAGCAGCAGCGAAACGGACAUGCCAAAAAGUACAUGUAGUCCGGAUCGGGCAGAGAUCAAUCGAUGGCACUCUGCGCCACAUUCGGCUUGUAAAUAGAAUUAGAUUCCGCUUGGAGACUUGACUGUUUCACGCUUAGCCAGGUCGCCGUCUAGUUUACUCUGUUAACACUGUCGACCAAUAAAUAACGCGAAAGUUGA